AUGGGAAAAUCAAAAAAGAAAGUUAUACCAACUUCUAAUAAAGAACCGAAGAAAUCAACAUCAUCACAACAACAACAACAACAGCAACAACAACAGUUAACACCACAACAAGCUCAACAAUUGCAACAACAACAAAUGCAACACCAACAACAAAUUCAAUACGCACAACAACAAUUGCAACAAGCACAACAAAUACAACAAGCACAACAUCUUCAAAUGCAACAAACCUCUCAAAGAUUAGCACAACAAAUCCAACAAAUUCAACAAAAGAAAAUUUCAAUUAAUCUAGAUAACCUUGAUAAAAACUUUUUAUCUUUAAAUUUAGAUGCAUUAAAACAUUCUCAAAAUCAAGCAAAUGGUAUAUUCAGUUCAUCAUCCUCGUCAAAUAAAAAUACUAAAAAUAAGAAUAAAAAUAAUAAUAAUAAUAGUAAUAAUAAUAAUAAUAAUAAUAAUAAUAGCAAUAAUAACAGUGGCAAUAACAAUAGUAGUAAUAAUAGUAAUGAUAAAAAUAAUAAUAAUAAUAAUAAUAAUAGCGGUAGUUCAGAUGAUAAUGGACCAAAACAAAAGACAUUCAUGGGUGACGUUCCAUUGAGUGCUUUGUAUUCAUUUAGAAAUGGUAAUAAUGAAUAUUAUAAUGAACGAUAUAAAAAUGCAGUUGAACAUUAUAAUACUGCAAUAUCAUUAUCAUCUUCAAAAAUUCCAACAUUUUUAGUUGUAGUUUUAAUUAAUAGAUCAAUUACUAAAUUAAAAUUACAAGAAUAUAAAAGAUCAAUUUUAGAUAGUACAUUAGCAAUAUCUAUUCAGCCAAAUUGUAUUAAAGCAUACAUUUGUAGAUCAUUUGGAUACUUUUUCUGUAAAGACUAUAAGAAAGCAUUUGCGGAUCAUUUAAUUGCCACAAAUUUAGCACCUCAUAAUCUUACACUUCAAAAAGUAAUGAGAUAUGCACAUGGUUCUUUAUCAAUGUUUAAUGCUGAUUUCUUUGAUUAUUCUUUAAAUAAUUUAGCAAAAAUAAAAAGUAUACAAUUAGAAUGGUUAAGUGAUUUUAAUUUAUUAUCAAUUGAAGAGGAACCAGGUAGAAUGCAUUUAUUAGUUAAAUAUAUGAAAGAUUUAAUAAUAAGAACUAAAGAUAAUCCACAUCAACAAGGACCACAACAACAAUUCAUUAAUCAAUCAUUACAGGCAGCACACCAACAAUCACAAAUUCUAACUCAAAAUCCAGGUAUAAUACCACAGGCAUCAUUACAACAAACACAAAUUCAAAAUUGUAGAAACACAAGUUCAACACCACCCUCAUUAAUACCAUCAGGCGAAUUCACUACUCGUACCUCUUGGAAUGAUCUCGAAGAGUAUUAUUCCCUCUUUAGGCAUCCACAAAGUGAAGUAUUGGCUUCAAAACAAAAACUUUUAGGUAAUGCUGAUUUUCAAGAAAAAAGGUAUGAAGCUGCAUUAAGUCAUUAUUCAAAAGCUAUAAAAUUAAAUCCAGAUGAUUCUAUUUAUUACUCUAAUAGAGGUAUUGUAUAUUAUAAAUUAAAUAGAUUUUAUGAAGCAAUUACAGAUUGUACAAUGUCAAUUGAAAAACAAGCUAAACAAUUUAAAGCCUAUUUAAGAAGGGGUUCAUCCUAUGCAGCUAUUGGUGAUUAUGCAAAUGCCAUUAUAGAUUUUAAAGCUGGUUUAAAAUAUGAACCAGAAAGUAUAGAUUUAAUUGAUGGUUUAUAUAAAUCAUUGAAAUGGAUUGAAAAUGAUUUAAGAAAAAGAAUAGCUUCUUCUUCUUCUCCUUCUUCUACUACUAAUAAUACAAACUCAACAACUACUACAACUACUACAAAUAAUACUACUACAAUAACUCCAAAUAAUACAAGUUUUUUAGAAUUAUCUUUAAAAACCGUCAAUUUUGAAUUGUCUUUAAUUGCUGCGAAAUUAAAUUCAACAAAGAAUUCACAAAUUGAUCCAAGUCAAUUACCUUCAACAACAACAACAACAAUAAAUAAUAAUAGUAAUAAUAAUAAUAAUAAUAAUUUAAAUAAUAAUAAUAUCAAUAGUAAUAAUACAACAACAGCACAACCAAUAUCUUCAACAAAUUCACCAUUUUUAUCACAACCAAUUACAAAUAAUCCACCACCAUCAUUAUCUAAAAAUUUUCAUGAGAAAAUUUUACAAGAAAAAGAUAAACAAAAGGAGAAAGAAAUAGAAAAAGAAAAAGAAAAAGAAAAAGAAAAAGAAAAAGAAAAAGAAAAAGAAAAAGAAAAAGAAAAAGAAAAAGAAAAAGAAAAGGAAAAAGAAAGAGAAAAGGAAAGAGAAAAAGAAAGAGAAAGAGAGAAAGAAAGAGAAAGAGAAAGAGAAAGAAGAGCAAUGGAAUCAGAAUUAGAAGAAAGGGAGAGAGAAAGAGAAAAACAUGUAAAUAAAAAACAAAAACAUACACAUAAACAACAACAACAACAAUCACAACAACCACAGGAACAAUUAUCACCACCAACAUCAAGACCACCAACACCACCAACAACACCUUCAUCACCAACAUCUGGAUCACCACCAUCACCACCACCACAAUUUUCAUCAUCAUCAACAACAACAUCAACACCACCAUUAACACCACCAUUAACACCAUCAUCAUUUGCAACAUCACAAUCAUUGAAUUCAAUUGAUUCAUAUAAGAAAAUAGCAUGCUUUAGACCUAUAACAGCAGAACAAAAGAAUAAGCUAGAGUCAUUGGUAAACUAUUUAACAGAUUUAAUCACUGAUGAAAUUGGUGACCCUUCUUUAAUUUUAUUCUCAAGAGCUGAAGCCUAUUCUCAAUUAAGAGACUACAUAUCUGCUUUUAGAGAUUUUGAAAUUGCAACUCAUUUAAAUCAAAAAUAUACUGAUAUUCCAAAACGUCAUCAAAGAUUAAGACAAAUAAUAAAAGAAGAUCAAGAACAAAGAAAACAACUUAAUAAUCUAAUUUAUCACCAUCCCCAAAGUCAUCUUUAA